AAAGAUUUCUUUAACCAAAAAACAAGUAAAUAAAUCAGCAAUCAAUGCGUGUUUACUUUGUUUGUGUAUGCUUAGUUAUUUCCCCUCUCUCCGGUUCUUUUUCACAUAAAUUUUCAUGACUCUUUGUUAAACUGUGCCGUUCACUUUAAACGCGCACCGUAAAUAGACCAGCUAUUCCUGUCGAACCUCUUCUAAGGAAGACUGGAGAUCAAAUCAGCAAGAAAAAAACCUAGAGAGCAGAUUUAUCUGUGACCAUAUCGCGCGUGAUGACUCAAAAGAGCUGAGGAAGAAGAGGACACAUCCGGUUAAGUUUUCCUGGGCUGAGUCGGUGAUGGGAGGAGGAGGAGGGAGAUGAAGCAGAUCUGUGAGGUAGGAGCGUGUUUUUUGUUUUUGCAGAUGCAACUCAGAUUUGAAGAUGUAAUGGGAAACACGCAUAAAUGAUUAGUUGGGUCGUCGGAAAACAGCUGCAGCACCGAGGAAAUUGUGCGAUUAGCAGCGAAGGAGGAAGAAAGGAGGAGGAGGAGGAGGAGCUGCAGCAGCAGGAACCUGUGGAUCUGUGCUUCCAACGGCAAAUGCAAGAAGAAAGCAGCCAACACGUAAAGUUACACACGAAAAAGAGGAUUUUCCCCAUUUCUUAUAAAGAAGAAGACACAAAAACAUGCAGAACAUGUGUGAAAUGUUAGAAAGUAGCAUCUUUGCUGCAACAAACACAUCCUCUAAAUACAUUUCUAAAUAGUAAAAGAGUAAAUAAACAGGGGCAUUGUCUGAAGACAACAAAGAAAAAAAAAGAAGAAAACAGGAGUUUUUAAAUAUAAAGUCAAUAUUCAUUUAUUUGCCUAUUUAUCACGGUAGAAUAAUGUUUAUUUUACUGUGUCAUAUGCUGACUUUUAUGAGUCCUUCACCUUGUUGCUGAACGCUUUAAUUUCAAACUUUGAAGUCCGGAAACUAUUCUAAAAAGCCAACAAGAAAAACUGACAACGGACAUUUCCUACUUUCCUAAAGACCAUGAAAUAAACAUUUCUGCUGCAACAACUAGAAUCCUAAUGUGUCAUUAGCAUUGGCAGCACUUCUCAGCAUCAGCCUACAAACACUUGGACAGAAACAAUAAAAAAGCAUGAAUAGAAGUCCAGCUUUUAGUAGCACAUAUGGUGCUUGAACUCCUUCAUUUCUUGCUGGUUUACUUCACAUUCACUGCUUAAAAUCCUCAUAUUUUAGAAGGAUUUCUACUGACCUGUCAGAACGGUCAGAUAUUGUCCAUUUGAUCCACCUUUACCCUUCCUGACUCUUUAGUCACUUUCUUUAAAUAUUGUCAAUUAUUAAAUAUGCUCCUUCCAUUACAGAGUCGGUGGAAUGGAAUGGAGUCUCUUUGAUGCCCACAUCUAAAAGGAUGCGUCAUCCGGCGUGAAGGUGACCUGCUGGCUGUGAUGAGAGAGUUUGGUGUUGGACCAACUUGUUUCGGGACGUUGAGCUUCCUGAAUCCCUUGGAGAGGCACAGAGAACACUGGUGACUGUGGCUGCUGAAAUCCACCAACAAAGGGAUCGGGAUGAAUGAAGCAGAGGAAGGAGUGCACCUUUAGAGUUCUCUGUUUCAGGAAAGCUUUAUCACUGCAAGCUUUUACUCAAAGCCAACGAGGACGGAAAUUUCUGAAAUACAAAAAUCUGCCCGGAGCUUCAAAAAGAACAGGGAGCACCGGAGGAGCAUGGGAUGUAAAGUUAGGAGCUCAGUUCAAUGUCAGAACCUCGUGAAGACAUGAGCAGGAGUGGGUUCGGGAGUAGCUCCAGUUUGCUUCAGGGCCGGCGGUUUUUCUGCAGAGAAUGGGCCCUGGAAAAGUUGCACCGCUGCCUGGACUCUCGAGCAGCCUCAGGCCAACCGCCGGGGCUGCUGGUGACCGGGGGCCCCGGUGCUGGAAAGACCGCCCUGUUCACCGAGGUGCUAUGGCCCACCUCGAAGACCGGAACCGCAAUUGGGCUGGCCCAGCGCUGCCUUGCCUCUCAUUUCUGCCAAAGAGAGGACCAAAGGAGUACUGUCCUGUGGAGGUUUGUCCUGGGCCUGGUGGAGCAGCUGAGGGCAUCACCCUUCCUCUCCUCAGGGUAUGAAGACAUCCUGAGCAGGGAGUCUGUUGUCUCUGCUUUGGAGCCGCUCAGCUGUCAAAGAAGCCCUGAUGAAACUUUUAAAAGAGCGGUUUUGCAGCCUCUCCUGGAACUUCCUCCUCCGGCUCAGACUCUGAUGGUGGUCAUUGACGCACUUGAUGUUGACUAUGAGCCAGGUGAGGGUGUCGGGAAGAGCGAUUCCAUCGCAGAGCUGUUGGCCACCAACCAACACCUGCUGCCCAGCUGGCUGCUGCUGGUCUGCUCUGUACGCCGCCAAAACAAAGCUGUGUGCAAGAUGUUCUCAGGUUUUCGUAAGCUCUGCUUGGAUGAUCUGAGGAAGCCACCUGCUGUCCGUGAUGUACAACAGUACAUCCUUUGUCGCCUGGACAAAGACGCCGCACUGCGCCGUCAGCUCACCCCGGACACGGCGGACAUGCUGAAUCUGCUGCACAUCAAAAGCGGCGGCUGCUUCCUUUUCCUCGAAAGGGUCCUGGACGGUGUGGCAGCUGCGCUGGUGGGCCUGCGGGAGAUCCGGGACAUCCCCGGAACCCUCAACGGCCUUUACCUGUGGCUCUGCCAGAGGCUGUUUCCCCGGAGACUCUUCGCCCAUGUCAGGCCUCUUCUUAAUGUUCUCUUGGCUUCACCGAAGCCCCUCACAUCUUUGCAGCUGUUUACAGCAGUGUGGACUCAGGACACCUCACUGAGCAUCCAGGACUUCCAGAACAAACUUCAAACACUUUCCCCUCUGUUGAUCAGUGGACCCGGGUGCACCAAACUGCUUUUUCAUGCCAGCUUUGCAGAGUGGCUGACGGAUGUCAAGUACUGCACUCAGAAGUAUCUUUGUGGCCGGAGCGAGGGUCACACUAUGCUUGCCAUGGCUCUCACUUUACGAGGACCUGACUUAGACGCUGACAGCACUUGUCAGCUUGCUGCACACUUGGUCUGCUCAGGUCACCAUAAGGAUAAACCUUCACUUUUGGCACUGUGGAUGCUGUGGGCGGAUGUGCCUGCUCUUCCCCCCAGCAGCAGCACAGCCCUAACCACAUCUCUAGCACAGCUUCCUGCUCUCGUCAGUCAGAAUGUGCCUCAGCUACUAAUGAGAAGCGGAGUCAUCUUAUCUGGAUGUUUAUCAGAGCCAGACAUCAAAGUUGGAAUGCUGUCUCUCUGUGAAGAAGGGGCUGAUUUACAGCAGCCAUUUGACAGUGGUUUGUCAGUCACAAAGCUGCUUGAUUGUGGGCUGUCUGUAGACCAGCUUGGACCUGCAGACAGACAGACUUUGCUUGCUAAAGCAGCUCUUGAUGGAUUCGAAAAAGUUGCAGAACUCCUCCUGAAACAUGGAUCUGAUCCACUGAUCUGUGACCACCAAGGUCAAACACCCAUGACUUUAGCUUCUAGUCAAGGUCAUGUCAAAGUGCUGUCCCUCCUCCUUGAGUGGGCCAAAGGGCAGGGCCCGCAAACGGCGGCACAAAUGAUGGAGCAUGCUGACAACGAAGGCUGGACUGCCCUCCGCUCUGCAGCUUGGGGAGGACACAAAGAGGCUGUUGGGCUGCUUUUGGACGCCGGAGCAGACGUGAACGGGUGUGACAGUGAAGGCCGAACUGCUCUGAGAGCUGCUGCAUGGGGGGGUCAUGAGGAAAUCGUCUUCACUUUGCUGGACUACGGGGCUCAAGUCAACAAAGCAGAUAGCAAGGGUCGGACGCCGCUUAUAGCUGCUGCCUACAUGGGACAUCAUGAAACCGUGGAGGUUCUGCUGAACCACAAUGCAGAAGUGGACCUGGCAGAUGGAGAUGGACGCACGGCUCUGUCAGUUGCUGCUCUCUGCGUCCCUACAGCUGCAGGGGUCCAAGGCUUUGGUGAAGUAGCAAGUCUCUUACUAGAACACAACGCAGAUCCAGGACACAGGGACAACGAUGGGAUGACACCACUUCUUCUGGCAGCUUAUGAAGGCCAUGAAGAUGUAGUUGAGCUUCUUUUGGAAGCUGGUGCUGAUGUGGAUGAAACAGCUGGACUUGAUGGGAGCGUUUCUGCAGCAGCUGCUGUUACUCCCCUGCUGGCGUCUGCAGCAAUGGGCCACAUGAAGACAGUGUCACGGUUACUUUUCUGGGGAGCAGCUGUGGAUGCCAUCGAUUGCGAGGGCAGAACAGCACUCUGCUUAGCCGCAGCGAGAGGCAGCCUUGAAGUCGUCCGAGCCUUGCUGGAUCGAGGCUUGGAUGAGAACCAUAAGGAUGACCUGGGCUGGACUCCGCUGCAUGCAGCUGCUUGUGAAGGACACCGUGCCGUUUGUGCUGCCUUGACAGAACACGGCAGCAUGGCGCGCGUUGGAGAGAUGGAUAUUGAAGGACGCACUCCACUUAUACUGGCUGCCCAAGAAGGCCAUUGGAGCACUGUCAAAAUUCUUCUGGAUAGACGCUCUCCUAUUGACCACAGGGCCUAUGAUGGGCAUUCUGCGCUGAGUGCAGCUUUCCUGGAGGGUCACACUGACGUUGCAGAACUGCUGAUGAAGCGAGGGGCUGACACCGAUGUCCGAGAUGCAGAGGGGCGACCUCUGCUGUAUCUGUUAGUGCUGGAGGACCACCUUAACAUGGCGAGUCUCCUCAUAGAGAAAGGAGGCGUGCCGCUGGAGUCCAGAGACUCUGAGGGCCGCACGGCGCUGCAUGUGGCCUCAUGGCGAGGCACCGUGGAGAUAGUAGACCUUCUUUUAAAACACGGAGCAAAACCUAACGCACAAGAUUCAGAAGGAAGACCGCCACUGCAUUCAGUGGCUUGGACGGGACAUGCUAAAGUUGGACGUCGUCUCCUAGAAACAGACGGUAUAGAUGUUAACCUCGCCUGCCACCAAGGAGCGACCGCUCUGAGCAUAGCUUCCCAAGAAGGACAUGCAAAUAUUGUGAAAAUGCUUCUAGAGAAGGGUUCAAAUCCCAAUCACUUGGAUAAAUAUGGCCGCAGUCCAGUCAAAGUGGCUGCAAAGCAUGGACACUUUACCAUCGUCAGACUUUUGGAGAGCUAUGGAGCCAAGCCAUACCAUGGCACAGUCCCUAACUAUAGUACUGUGUCCCCUGCAAAACCCAACAAAACAGCUUCCUCAGGUACAUCAGCGAGUAACAGAUGUGAUGUCGCUACCUCUUCGUCCUCAGUGUCCUCUCCUAGCUCGACUGCAGAACGGUUCCACUCGAUGCAAAGCUCCCAAACCUCUUCCACCUGCCACUCGCUUGCCACAGUGCAGACGGUCCCAGCAGACAGCCUCAGUUUCGUCCAACAGAUCCAACAGCAUUCACUGCCACGAAGCCGCAGCCGCCACUCCACCCUUCUUCCUCUAGGAAGGUCAGGCAUGGACAGCCUCCAGAAGCUACCCAAAGGUAGCUCUCCUCCAGCUGUUUGCACGGUCACAGCUACAGUGCACAGCUACGAGAUGCCUCAGAAAGGCUCGACAUCCGGAUUUAAAUUUCAAGACAAAAUAAGCAAACAAAGCUCAAACCUGAUUCAGGCAGACAGAAAUGCGUAUGUCAGCGGGAAAUGGAACUCGGUCAUGGCAUCUCUUGGUAUAAUGCCAGGUCAAGACGUGCCCCUGACUGGGAAGAACAGAGAAAGCCCACCGUCAGACUAUCCCUACAGACUACAGAGCCCCCCUAAAGGGGAAGCUUGGGAUUCCCCACCUCAGAAGAACAUUUUGUCACCUGUUUGUUACAGUUUUACCCCUUCCCCACCUUGCAGUGCCUUGCCAGAGGAAGUGAUGUACACAAUGUCGACCACAGACCCGCAGCUUAAUCUCAAGCGGGCCAUCAAACUGCAGUUUGAAGGCCCCACCAGUGCAGCCUUAUGUAAAAGAGAAACACCCCUGUGAUUGCUGUUUAAGAGAUUAAGAGUGAGGUUUACCGUGUUGAGAAAGAUGGAGUCUUCAGAAAAUUAAAAGACUAUCAAACAAAGGUACGGUGGCCAUGAAGUGCAAAUCACGGGUUCUGUAAAAAAGAAAAAAAACAUUUUGGAAAACACUAGUAAUUUCCAGAAAUUAUAAUAAAAUGUUAAA